CGCGACACAACCGCACGCAGCUGCUUUUAUUUCCCAGCGCUCGAGACGCAACGACGGGGAGGGGAGCUCGCGCUUCUUGCUCCAGGGAUAUCACCUCUGAUGGACUUGAUGAGUGUCGGCGUGUGGUUUAUCCCGUGGAUGCGGCUGUCGGGGUCGGUGUCUGAGCCCUGCAGGAUCAGCCUGUCAUAGGGCAUCAUGGUUUCUCUGGUUCUUCACAAGUGGAUGAGGAAUAUUUCUCCCGAGAUGUUGCUGCUGGUGCCGAUAUUGUGGUUUUUACCUCUGACUGGAGCGGCUCCUUCUCUGACUACCGAGCAGCUGGACACGGGGGUGGACUGGCUGAGCAAGUUUGGCUACCUCCCGCCCCCUGACCCCGUUACUGGUCAGCUUCAGACCAAGGAGGCCCUGACCAAAGCCAUCAAAGCCAUGCAGAAGUUUGGAGGGCUGAAGGAGACUGGAGUCUUUGACCAAGCGACACUGGGUCUAAUGAAAACACCCAGAUGUUCUCUGCCAGAUGUUUCUGAGGCAGAGGUGACAAUGGGCCGCAGGAAACGAAGCCUGAUUCCUCAGAACAAAUGGAAUAAGAGGCAUCUAUCCUGGAGAGUGAGGACCUUCCCAAAGGAUUCGGCCUUGCUGGGCAGGGACACUGUUCGAGCCCUGAUGUACUACGCAUUAAAGGUCUGGAGUGACAUUGCACCACUGAACUUCCACGAGGUGGCAGGAAGUGAUGCAGACAUUCAAAUCGACUUCACUAAGGCCGACCACAAUGAUGGAUAUCCCUUUGACGGACCAGGGGGCACCGUGGCGCACGCAUUUUUCCCCGGAGAGAGGUUCACAGCUGGGGAUACACACUUUGAUGAUGACGAGGCCUGGACCUUCAGAUCUCCAGACUCUCAUGGGAUGGAUCUGUUUGCGGUUGCAGUCCAUGAGUUUGGUCAUGCCAUCGGCCUGGUCCACACCUCAGCCAUGGAGUCCAUCAUGAGACCGUACUACCAGGGUCCUGUAGGAGACCCUCUGAAAUACGACCUACCCUAUGAAGACAAGGUCCGCGUCUGGCAACUCUACGGUGUCAGAGACUCUGUGUCCCACACAAACCGACCAGGCAACCCCUCCCAGACAGCUGAACCGCCUGUCUUGCUGGACCUUCCUGAAAACAGAUCUACUCUCCUGCUGGCGCGAGACGCCCCAGACAGAUGCACCAGUCACUUUGAUGCCGUGGCCCAAAUACGAGGGGAGGCCUUCUUUUUCAAAGGGAAGUACUUUUGGCGACUAACUCGAGAGAAGCACUUGGUGUCUCUUCGUCCGGCCCAGAUCCAUCGCUUCUGGAGGGGCCUUCCACCCAAUCUGGACAGCGUGGAUGCUGUGUAUGAGAGGCCUGGGGACCAUAAAAUUGUUUUUUUUAAAGGUCUAAAGUACUGGGUAUUUAAAGACAAUAACGUGGAAGAGGGUUACCCUCGCCCAAUCAGUGACUUUGGCCUACCCUUGGAGGGCGUGGAUGCAGCCUUCGUUUGGCUACACAACGACAAAACCUACUUCUUCAAGGACAACCACUACUGGCGCUACGAUGACCACCUGAGGCGCAUGGACCUGGGCUACCCUAAAGACAGCACGCUUUGGAAGGGGCUGCCACCAAACCUGGACGACGCCAUGAGGUGGUCUGAUGGCUCGUCCUAUUUCUUCAGGGGGAAGGAGUACUGGCGAGUGCCUGGCAGUGACAUGGAGGCGGAGGCAGGAUACCCCCGCCUCAUCGCUAAAGACUGGCUGCUGUGCACCGAGAUGCAGUCGGACUCUCCAGACAUAGAGCCCAAAAGCACGGAGACGAGAGGCAACGCGCACCAUCACCCAGACCACGCAGAGAAUGGAUACGAGGUGUGCUCCUGCACCUCUGACACCGCCUCGCCUUUGGGCGCCCGCCCCUCCCCAUCUCCCAUGUGGCUGCUGCCACCACUCUGGACGCUCUCGCUGGCUCUCCGCUCUGAACUGCUAUGAUGCCAAAGCACGGGACAAAGCUCUCAAGCAGGGUGCAAGAAAGAGACUCUUUUGGUGGCGGGCCAGUGGACACUCAGUCCAAAUACAAACUGGACAUUUUUGUUAAUAUAAAUAUCAAUGGGUAUGUUUUAUGCUAUUACUUUGCUGUUAUUUAUUUCACAUGCCAUUUGAUGGUCAUCUAAAGCGCCUUGCAGUAUGGGUGGUACAUACAUACAUUAUCAUAUUAUCAUACUAGGGUAUAUCUAGUAGGCAUCAAUCCAGAGACAAUGACAAUGCUCUAGUGCUUUACAAAUUGAGUUACACAGAACCACAAGUUCUGUCUCUUAGUUUCUUCUUGAAUAGUUAAACUGUCUCAUCUUUGCAAGGAAGCUAAUUGAGUGGCACUGUUCAGAAAUAUGUUGCCAUGAAAUACAACAGUAUUUCAACAAUACCCAUAAUAAUUACUUUUUUCAAGUACAACAAGUUUACAGCAAUAAUUACUGGCAUCCUGGGAUUUAGGCAGGUCAGUGGGUAAAUGGCUCAAUACUACUCUCAUGUCUGCCUUAAAAAUGAAGAUACAGCUAGCAGCCGGUUAGCUUUGCUUAGCAUAAAGACUGGAAACAGGGAAACAGCAAACCAGGCUCUGUCCAGGGUAAAAACGGCACAUUGUGGUUUUACAGGUAGUUAUUUGCUGGUAGGGGGAUUUUGUUACCUUUGGAUUGAGCCAGGCUAACAGUUUCCUGUCUUAAUGCUAAGCUAAGCUAACCAGGUCCUGGCUGUAGUCUUAUAUUUAUCAUACAGAUAUGAGAAUGGUAUCAAUUCUCUCAUCUAACUCUUUGCAAAAAAGCAUAUUUCCCAAAUUGUCGAACUAUUGCUUUAGAUAGUGCCUGUUAAGUAGAACUUCCUGCCAGGCUGUUUACUGCCCCUAAAUGGUUAUGUUUAAGUUUAGGUUUGUUACAGCUAUGACCAUGAUUGGGGUCUGGGUCCACCAGAGACAAGAGAUAGUAUGUUAACUCAGCCUGACAGGAAGAGCUGCCUGAAAGACUUAAAGCAGGGCAAAGAAUGACAUCUGGGAUAUAGAUACAGUAGUUAGACAGGUGACUGACACCCCGGCAUGUAUCUAGGAAGACAGGUGAAAAGUACCUUGGGACGAAGUGUAGAUAGAUAGUUAGGUUUACAGAUGAAUGGCCCCAUGGGAUGUUGACAGAAAGACAAAUGAAUGGCAUGCUGGGAUGUCGACAGGUAGAUGAAUGGCAUCCAGGACUGUAAACAGGUAGACAGUCGAAUAACAUCCAGUACAUGAAGAAAAGGGGACCCUGGGCGGUGGGAAGUGAGACAAAUUAAUUGAGAGAGUUUCUGAUUGUCGCUCAAUGCCAUUAUCCUAGCUUAAAACCCUUCCCUGUACUCCCACGCUCUUUGAGGAACUGCUGCUUAUGUAUUUCCAUAAACUCAUCAUUUUCAACCCUGAUACAGAAGCAUUCCCUGCCAUUAUCAGAGGCAGUAUUGGUUUUGUUGUAUUUUUUUGUAACAAAUAUGGAUAGAUUGCUUUGAUCAGACUAAAGUUCACAGAGCCUUUUUCCUCACUGGCGGACAAUUUCCUUCAUCAUCAAAAGACGUCGUUAGCAGACUUCACAAGAUAGCAACCGGAUUUAUUCUCGCUGAUAUAUUUACUUACAAUUUAAAUACAGACACAGAUAUAUUUGAGCUGAGAUGUUCCUUGGUUACUGCAAAACCACGUGGACUGUGUAUAUUUCAAGGUGUGUUUUCUAAUGUAAAAUAUUUUUGUAGAAAAAUUAAAAAAAUAUAUGAAUGACUUUAUUGGCUAACUGUGGUCACCUGAAUUUGUAUCGAGUGUGCUGCGGCUGUGCGAGCGUGUAAUUAUUUAGUGUCAUUGAAAAGGAGCCCGGCCUUGAACACAGAUGAAGGUAACAUGACAGCUUGCAGACACCAACUGGGAGCCACUCUCCAUCACUCUGAUGUUCCAAAGUGUGUUUUCUCUUGUAAUGGUCACCACUGUUCAUCAGGAAUGCAAACCACAUCAUGUCAAUCACACUGAGUGACUUUAUGAACAGAUUUGCUGGCAGAGAAUUAUAUAGUAUGUAUACUCGCACAGAGAAGUAAUGUUACCUGAUCCAAAAAAUAUUCAGCAGCUCAGAUACUGCUUAGUUGGAGAUCAAAGUGAACUGUGGGUGGCAAACAACUAAGACAAGUGCUUAGGAACAUUGCGUACCACAAGAACCCCAUGUCAGUCACAGACUUAAACCUCACUUCAAAAUCACAGCAAUUAAAUUAACUAAGAGGCCACAGAUUACCUCUACCAGAAUAUGCACAACCAAACUUCAUUCUGUUUUGAGGUCAAAUAAGUUUAAAAGCAUCAUUAUUUCUGCUGUAAUGACCCUCCUGCUUGAUUGUUUAUUAUUCUGUUUACAAUUCUGUUUUGCAUUCUGCAUCCCAAGAUUACAUGCACAAACACACUUGCCAUUGUGUUUUGUUAUAAUAGGUUGUACUUCUGUUAUGCUUUUCAAUGUACUUUUUUCGAAUUCUCACUGUUUAUUAUCAUGUUAGUUUAUAAUGAAUCCAUUGUUAUUCCCACUGCAUCUCCCCUUUGUCACGCCUUGCAGGCCGGGGUGUGACGCCACUAAGAGCAGCAAUUUUUCUUCCCUCCUCUUGACACACUUGAGUGGUGUUAAUUAACUGCCGUGGCUCAGGACAGCACCUGCUCCCACGGGCAAAUGCAGCAGGAUUGGUCACUUUUCAGCCGUCUGUCCAACUUAUCCUAUUUUAGCUGUUACUUUAACCAAAACUAAUUGUUAAAAUUAAAAAUUUUACAGUUUGCAGGUAUUUGUUAACAGCUUGAUCAGGGAGGUGUAUUGAAUAUUAUGUCAAAUUGUAUUGUUUAAUGAAACUGUUGAAUUUAAGUUAUUGCUUUUUCAAAAUAUCCUUGCAUUUUUUUUUUUAUCAGCACUUCCAGAUUCACUGUAUUUAAUUAAUACAUCACAACCUGACUUGGACUUGAUUGGCACUGCUGUCUAACAACUGUGUGAAAUAUUUCCAGCCGGGCAGGUUUGCAUCAUUAAAAUUAAGACUUCUCUGUCUCCUGA